AUGUCAGACUGCCUGGAAAAAGGACAGAUGGUGAAGGCCACCACAGAACCCCCAAAAAAGAAACCGGACCCUGUCACUUCAGAGACGGUGGUGAUCUGGGGGCUGCGCCUCUGGCAGGUGAUUGGUAUCUUUGCCAUCUUUGUCCUGGCAGUCAUUAUCACCCUGUGCUGUAUCUUCAAGUGUCGGAUUCCCCGGACAAAGAAAGAGAUUGAGGCACGGUACGCCCAACGGCAAGCAGCCAAGACAUAUGCAGACAAACUGGAGACUGUGCCACCACUCAACGAGCUGACAGAGAUCCCUGGAGGCUCUACUGAAACUCUCCUAACUCUCUCUGGUCAUGUCCAGUCCAGACCUCUCAACUCCCUGCCUGUGGUGAAAGAAGAAGAUGAAAUGGCCCUGCAAGGAAAUUAG